UAAAUCUUUGUCUUUUGUUCCUGGCUGCACAAGAUGAGAACAGUGCUGCUCGUUGUUUUCCUGCUGCCUGUGCUGAUGGUGGCGGCACAUCCAGCACCAGGGAGCAGCAAACUUGUGGUUUCUCUGAAAAGUGGCCAAAUCAGAGGAGAAUAUGUGACUGUAAAAGGCACAGAGAGGAGGGUGAAGCAAUACCUGGGGAUUCCCUUCGCCAAGCCGCCUGUAGGGCCCCUCCGGUUCGCUGCCCCAGAGAGCCCGGAGCCCUGGGAGGGGGAACGAGACGGCACACAGCAGCCCCCCAUGUGCGUCCAGGAUCGAGAAAUAAUCGUAAAUAUUUCCAAAGCCCUGUUUACCAACUUCACGGUGCCAGAGGUUUCAGAGGACUGUCUGUAUCUGAACGUCUACACUCCAGCUGAAACCACGCCAGAAGUUAAGCUGCCGGUGAUGGUGUGGAUCCACUCAGCAGGAUUUCUGGCUUUUGGUGCUGCCUCCAUGUACGAUGGUUCCUCAUUGACUGCAUAUGAAAACGUUGUGACAGUCGUUAUCCAGUACCGUCUCGGCAUCCUCGGAUUCUUGAGCACUGGAGAUGCACAUGCCAAGGGAAACUGGGGUUUUUUGGAUCAGCUGGCUGCUCUCAGGUGGGUGCAGGAAAACAUUGAGGCCUUUGGCGGCGAUCCACAAUCUGUCACAAUCGCUGGGGAGUCUGCAGGAGGUUUCAGCGCAUCCAUACUGACUCUGUCUCCCCUGUCGAAAGGACUCUUCCACAAGGCAAUCUUUCAAAGUGGAGUUGCAACUCUUGGGGGCCAUACUUCGGAUCGGCCUCUUAAUCAGGCCCAUACUGUUGCCAGGCUUGCUGGAUGUUACAUGAACAGCACAGAAGAACUGGUCCAGUGCCUCCGAGGGAAAACUCAAGAUGAAUUAAUUUCUGUAGGCAAACAGAUCAAAAUUAUACUCGGAGCCACUGUUGAUGGCGAAUUCCUUCCCGGCACACCUGAGGUUCUUCUGCAGAGGAAAGAAGUUCUGAACAUCCCAGUGAUGAUGGGCGUCACCAACCAUGAGUUUGGCUGGAUGUUGCCUCAGAUCUUCACUCCUCCUGGUUGGGAUAAAGGCAUGAACCUGGAGACGGUGAUGGUGAUGGUCCCCUUGUUUAAUCCUAAAGGGUCUUUUGCCAACAUUCUCAUCGUGAUUAAGUAUCUGAAAGACGCAAAAACCCCACAGGACAUCCGAGACGCCUUCACGGAGGUCAUAGGAGACCUGGUCCUGGUGCUGCCCACCAUCAAGGUGGCCGGAUACCACACAGACGCGGGCGCUCCGGUGUACAUGUAUGAGUUUGUGUACGUUUCGGAUAGACCCAUGCCCAACAGGCCGAGCUUUGUGAAGGCGGACCACGCUGAUGACGUCGGCUACAUGUUUGGAGUAUGUUUCUGGAACGGACACAUCAGAAUUACUGUCAACUGCACUGAUCAGGAUGAGAGGUUUUCCAGGACCAUGAUGUCUUACUGGGGAAGUUUCGCCAGAACUGGCUCUCCUAAUGGUCCUGGUCUGGUGAACUGGCCGCUGUACGACAGGCAGAAGCAGGAGUACAUGGAGCUGGGUCAGACCCAGUCUGUGAAGCAGAAACUGAAGAAGGACAAGGUCGAUUUUGUCACUGCCGUUCUCCCUUAGAGGCUGCAGCAGAUGGAAGCAGCAGUCGCUAAAGCUGCAAACUGAGCAUCGAGUUGUUUUAUUUUUAGCUCUGCUUUUUAAUAAUACUUAUAAUGCAGUUAAUGCUGAUCACUGCCUGCAACAUCUAGACUUUUUUUAGUCUUUUGAUUCAGGCUGCUUUGCAAACUGGAUGUAAUUAAAAAAUGUCUUCAUUCAUGUCAUGUAAUUGUUGUUUCGCUCUUAUUUUUCUACAUUAGAUUAAAGCAGGAUGCAUGAAUAAAACAUCACAUCUUUAUCAGAGUUGUUUGAUUCAUGGAGAAAGUUUCUGCACAAAGUUUCUUUCAAACUCUGGCCGAUUAGAUUGAUAGUGACUUCCUAUCAAUCUAAUUGAAACAGAAGCUCCAAAUAAUUGCUAUGAAACAGGGAUGUCCAAAGUGUGGCCUGGGGGCCAUUUGUGGCCCUCAAAAUGACUUUGUUUGGUCUGAGACCACAAGUCAAGAAAGGUUAAAAAUGUGGCUAUCAAAAUAGUCCCAAUUGGUG